AUGAAGGCCGGGUUUUGGAAGGCGGAAGCUCUGUGCCAGUCCAUGGCCACGCUGUGUCUUGAGAGCAUUUUGGAGGACAUCGUGACGCUGCCGGAAGCAUCACCCCAGGCUCUGGGUGCUGCUGGAGGGACGCAGGGGAGCGUCCUCCUGCUCGCUCUGCCCCACGCCAGCGCUGCCCCGUGCGCUCCUCUCCUGCUCCUUGCCUGUGUGCUGGCCCUGCCCGCCCCACGUCUCGCCGGGAGCAUCCAAAGCCGGUCCCUCUUCAAUCAAUCUGUCCUGAACAGCAGCGUGUCUGCUCGGAACACGUUGGUGACUGGGCAGCUCCGGCUGGUGAAUGGCUCCAGCCGCUGCUCCGGACGGGUGGAGGUUUGGUACCGCAAUGAGUGGGGAACGGUCAGCUGCGGAGUCGCAGGGUCAGCCCCAACGAAUGCUUAUUUCGGGAGUGGGUCUGGGUCUAUCUGGCUGGACGACGUUGACUGCAACGGCGAGGAGGGGCUCCUGACUGGGUGCUCGGCGCGGGCUUGGGGAGAGCACGACUGCAGGCACAGCAAGGACGCGGGCGUUGUGUGCUCAGGCUGGCCCAAGGACUGCAGCGAAGUCCCCCGUGGCAGCCCCAGCGGUGUCUACGUCAUCCAGCCCGCAGGGCUGCACCCCAUCGUGGUGUACUGCGAGAUGAACGUGACGGACGGGGGCUGGACGGUCAUCCAGAGGAACCAGCAGAGCACGGAGAUCACCUGGGCCGAGUCCUGGAGCACCUACAAGAACGGCUUUGGGAACGUGCUCACCGAGUACUGGCUGGGCACCGAGUACAUCCAUCAGAUCUCCAAGCAGAAGGUCUACCAGGCCAGGUUUGUCAUCUGGGAUGCUGCAAACAACAUCAAGUUUGCAGACUACAGCUUCUUCAGUGUGGAAGACGAGUCCCAGGGCUACCGGCUGCGGCUGGGAACGUACUCGGGGACAGCGGAGGAUGCCAUGGCCUCAAAGAGUCCCAGCACUGUGCACGACAACAUGAAGUUCUCAGCCAAAGAUCAGGAUCAGGACACUUCCAGCAGCAACUGUGCCUCCCGCUAUGGGGGUGGGUGGUGGUACUCGGCGUGUUACUCUGCACGGCUGAACGUCAAGGGGGCCAUAACGUGGGGCAGCCUGUGCAGCGGGAACUGCAGAGCUUCUGCCAUCCUCAUCAAACCAGCUUCCUACUGCUAG